AUGAGGAGUGAUUCUAGCAACAAUAGCAACAGCGUGCAAGAUGUCAGGAUGGACAAGGAGAAUCGUAUUCGACAUCUCCUGAAUCGACAAGGAUCUACCUGGCAGUUGCGAGAGAUGGCCUUGACACGCGGAGGUCUCGUCAAUGCGGAACUACGACAACAGAUUUGGCCGCUGCUGGCGGGGCUCGAAGAUGACAAGGUUCCGUCGUGGAUGGAGACAACCGCCCAACUGUUUGAACCCACCACAGAAGUCUACUGCGAAGCCGAGGACCGUGAACGAGAUUUGAUCCGUCGUGACGUGGGUCGCUCAGUACUAUUUCAUCAUUCCUGUCCUAGUCCCAACUCGGUCAUGGCGCCCGAUGAUUCUUCCGUGGCGUUGUCCAUCAAAUCCAACCCCGAAUACACCACUUCCACGCUAGCAUCGGUGUUGACGGCCACCAUUUCCGCUCCACUGGAGGAUGGAGACAAACCUCAUUACUACCAAGGAUUGCACGACAUUGGUGGAGUCUUGUUACACAAUCUCGAUUACAAUGAAAUCUUUUGCACGGCCAUUCUCCGAAAACUCUGCCAGACACAUCUUCGCGACUGUGCCCGAGAAACUUUUAUCGACUUGCAACACUUCCUCAAUGCGUGCCUACUGCCUGUAGUCGGUAUGAUUGAUCCACCCGUCCACGAAACACUACUCCUAUCGGGUGUCCCCUUGUUGUCUACCGUCUUGCCCUGGUUGUUGACAUGGUUCACGCAUUCCAUUCACGACGAACAAGAUUCGAGUCGAUUGGUGGACGCCUUCAUGGCAUCCCAUCCUCUGUUGCCGUUUUAUGUGUCCAUUGCCUUGUUGGUACAUCGCAAACUGCGCAUGGACAUUCUGACGACCGAACUAGAUGACCCCAGUUCCAUGCACUUUUGCAUUCAAAACCUACCCUCCAGAAUCAAGUCCGAUUGGUCGCAUGAAAAUAGUGGAUUGUACUUGUCGACGCAGGAGCUGAUUGAAACGGCACUCUCCAUCAUGAAACAAGUUCCGCCCAAGACGCUGCUCAACCUGGUGAAUGACCCUGGUCUGGCCGAACGAAUGGUCUUGUUGCAGUCCCCUCCGGUCAUCGUUGCUCCUUCUUCUUGCACUGCUGAAACCUGUUCACGCGCCAAAAUGGCCAGCGGAGUGUCCGUCUACAUGGCUACACAACAACCAGAUGUCGUGGGAAAGUGGCUCAGGCCCUUUGGCCCCCCUCCUUGUCCCUUUCCUCCGCCGUCUCCCACGGCACAACCAACUCGGCGCCCCACUACCCAACUGAGAAGGAUUCGCAAUCGAUUACGACAAGUCAGGCGUCUUCUGCCAAAAACCAGGGAAGGAUGGAUCUUCUUUGCCUAUUUUUCAUUUAUCUUCUUGUAUUCUCUGUACGACUUUAUACAUUACUCAUGGGUGCUCUUUGCCACCCGUCUCGCGACUCGGGCCCAUUGA